AUGAUAGACGAUUAUUUUAAUCGAAAGUGUUCAGAUUGGAAUAUAAUAAGCUUUCUAGAAGAGUGCACUCUACAACAAGUCGACCAGAAAAUAAGUCAUUACCUUACAUCCCUCGAAGCGAUAGUUAAAGUUUUUGAAGGAAAAAGGCGAGAACGAGCACAACAAUUAUUAGAUAGAUAUAGAAAGGCGAAUUCUACAAUCAACAAUGGGAAUCUCAUAUCUUCAGGUACAGCUAAUAUUUCGUGUACGAAACGCAAGACUGACGAUCAGGAAAACAAACCCAGUGAAGUUGCAACUUUAAUGCCGAAAAAGCAAAAAGAAAGUUAUAAUAUAGAAGAGACUGAAAAUACCUAUUCUGAUGAAAUAAGAGUCACACAUCCCUCAAAUGCUUCUGGAAUCGAGCCUGUUUCUGAGCACGAUGAAGAUCUGGAAACAAGUAAUUUGGAUACAUCAGAUCAUGAGAAGAAGGCAAUUGAUGAUCAAGAUCAAGAAGGGGUGAAGGAUGCGACCAGUAGUGAAGAGGCAAAGAAAGUGACCAAAGUAGUGAAGGAAAACAAAGUUAGACUAAGCAAGGAAAAUCGAGAGGAAAUUGAUACAGCCUUUAAGUUAAUGGAUGAACAAUGCAUGUGGAAACUUUCGACUGGAAGAUUCGUCGAAAAAGAACUAUAUAGACUAGGGCAAGAACUGGAACUCGAGCAUGCUAUCCAUUCGUUUAUUAUAGACGUUGAUGAUGAAUUAAUUUCAUCGCAUUUCAAUGACACAGAACUUGACGAAAUUGAUUGUGCCGCCGGCCCUCACGUACCUGAUCUCCCAGAUCAAAUCGCCGAAUUUCUAUAUGAAUUCGUUGGCAAGACUAGAUUGAAUGAGAUUCGAGAGGCCAUAAAGUCAAAGAUGUUUGGUAACAAUUAUGAUCAUGAAAACCAUCACGAUAAGGAUUAUAUAAUCUAUGCACUUUAUUCAUUGGUUCGAGAAAUUCAAGGUGGGACCAUGAGAGACACGAAACUGGAAGCUUGGUUCAAUUGUCACAUUUGGAACGUAAUCUUUGACCAAGCUUUCGGUGAUAUUAAUAGUACAAGUUUGGCAACAGCUUCUCGAAAAAAUAUGAAAAGAAGGUCUGAGGAGAGGCGAAAAGUGGGUCGCAGGGGCGAUUGGAUCGUGAGGUCUGUCACUAAUGGUGACAAACAUGAGUUUGGAGCAGGCGAAGCUGGAAGUGUUUGGACGGAUGAUCACGGAACCAAGUUCCUUAAGGAGGCGGGUUUGAAGUUACCUAAAGUCCUUAAGGAUAUGCUGGUAAAGUUAAUGAAAAAAGUAGAUUGGAAUAGGGAAAAGUGUGCAAAAAUGCAGACAGUUGGAAUCAUCCAUGCAGGCUAUGUAUGUAGAAUUCGACGUGGUGAAGUGAUGGAGGUGCCAGAUAAUUCGGAAAAUUUUCCUUCUAUUCUAAAAAUACUAGCAGCUGUUUUGAACUUAAAGACUGUGAUUAAAGAAACAUUAAAGGUGAUACAAGCAAGUGAGCAGACUAUUGAAUCGUUCAAAACAGCCGGGCGCCGAAAGAGACCUCGAGACAUAAAUCAGCGCGAGUUAUCUGGUUGCAUGUCAACACCGAAAAAGGCAAAGAAUGAAAAAGCUUAUGCCGAAGUGAAUGAUGAACGACCAGAUCCAGAAUCACCUUGCCCUGGAUCACCGA